CCACAGCCCGGGCUGGGGGACCCGGGUGCAGGAGGGCAGCCUGGGGCAGGCCUGUUCGGAGGGCCGGAAUACGCGUGCCAGCGAGGGGUAGCAGACGAGGGAAUCGGGGCUGGGGUCCAGCGUCCGGCGAUGCCGCAGGGGGCGGGCUCUCACGCCGUACGGGGCGGAGCCCUGCGGCUCGGGGCGGGACGCGGAACCGCGGUGGGAGGGACAACGGAGCCAGGGCGAGUGGAGAGCGGAACGAAGUUUUCCGUAGCUGGGUUAGGGGGGCUGGAGGGCGGGGUCUGGCGUUUAGAGGAGGAGCUGGAGCAGGUGGAAGGUGGAGCGUUGGGGUCGGAGGCGGAGGCCGUGGGAGCCCAAGCGUUAGGGGCGGGGCUCCAGCCAGUGAUUGGCGUGGCCCCCGCGCUGGAGAGGGGGUCUGGCAUUGCUGAGGGCGGGGCUGUAAUUCAGGGGGCGGAGCCGCGCGCCCUAGGAGGCGGGGCUAAGGAGGCUUGCGGCGAGCCAAGCCUGAGUAAUGGCCCGGGGCGUCCACGAGGGGGCGGUCUACGUGGCGGCCGCGCCUGGGGUCGCGGUAGACCGAGAACUCCCCCUGGAGAGGUUGUGUGGGUGGAGCGGGUUCGGCGCCCUGCUGACUCCGGGCCAGUGUGGGUGCCCCGGAGGCCCCCGAGAGCUCAGAGCUGGGGGGGAGCCCCGGGCGGAGGAGGCACGGAGCCGGGCUGGGGGGUGCCUCCGGAAGACCGGGGCUCCCCAGAGCCGCCUAGUGGAGAUGUGUGGGUGCCUCGGGGCCGGCCGCCUGCAGCAGCCGCAGAGGUGUGGGUGUGCUGGACAGGGAGCAGCUGGGUGUGGCGAGAGUGGGGUCGUUCGGUCGGGACAAAUCCGGUGCACCCAGAUAGGGUUUGGACUUUGCGUAAAGGGUCUGGCGGGAACUGAAAAACGGAAAUGGGGACCGGGAGGGAGAGGUCUGGUAGUGAGCAAAGGGGCGGGGCCCUGGCUGCUGUGGCCUCCCCUGACCCCCUCCCCUCGCUGCUGGGGU